AUGUCCAAGAACACGAAGAAUCGCCGGGCCGCCGGCGCGAGGCAGGGUUCCCUUCCCCAGAACCAAGGCCAAGGCAAUCACGGAGUUGCGAGCAACGUGAUGGGCAACGGACCCAACCUAUCUCUCCUCAGCGAAAAUCAUGGGCACAAUCAGGGCCCAGAGAGUGACCAACUCCCGGCCAUCCCUUCUGCCCCUCAAGGCAACAACCCUACCUCUAACCAGCACUUACCUGCCCCUGGUCAUAAUGGCUACUCCAUCCCUAUCAUCAGUGAUAUCCCCUCUGUUCCCUCCAUGCACCACCAGCCUCUGCACCAUGCCCACAAUCCUAAUCACCAGAACAUGUACCACAAUAUCCAUCCUUUCAUGCCUCCCAAUUUCAAUGGUCCGUUUCCGGGUCACAACGUCGACUUCGGCGAGCACUUCAUUCCAAGCAACGCAUUCGACGGAAACCUUCAUUCGGAACAAGAACCGUUUCUUCAGCAGGGUGAGCUGUCAUUCGCCAAUUUGCCUUUAAACCCCAACUUCGCUCUAUCGACUGCUGGAGCAUACCAGCCUCAAGAGAUGAUGAACCACCCUGUUACUUUUCAUCAGGCCCAGAUCUACCCCUUGGGCGGCCAUCCGAUGGGAUCCAGCCAGCUAGCUUUGAGCCAGGACGCUCCAAACCAGCAAGCUCUGAACCAGCAAGGUGUAGCCCAGCAAGCUCUAGACCAGCACCACCCAGCUGUUAACCACCAGCAAGUGGACUUACCUGUUGAUGACCCCCCUACGCCCCAUCCCCAGGCAAACCAUCCGGCCGUCCUAACCCUCGGAACCAUCACGGUCAACAUGGCGGAAGACGAUGUCAGACACAUCAUCAGGGAGGCAGCAGACGUGCUGUACGCCGGACACGGGCAGUGCAAGCGAUAUUUACCCGACGAGAAUGGUAUAGAGCGGCGCUGCACCGCACGCGUCUAG